AUGGAUGAUGAGGGGGAGAGCUAUGCUUCUGCAGAAGUGUCUGAUAUGUUGGAAUCGGUUUCUUUUCUAAACAUCGCGGGCAAACCCUCACCUAUGGAAUCGACAGUAUUGCCUAAUACAGAGGAGCACGAGAUGUAUCAACCUUUGAAAGUCUUCUUGAGAGUGAGGCCCUUUUCUGGAGCAGAGCUUGAAAAACAUGAAUCUCAGGGUUGUAUAACUAUUGAAGAUCCUCAGACAGUCAUUCUUAGUGCACCCAAAGAGUCUUCUGCAAUGAAAAACAGUGAGAGAGGGAUUGGUAAUUCUGUGCACAAAUUCACCUUCUCUCAGGUCUUUGGACCAGAAACUACUCAGAGUGGAUUUUUUGAAGGCUCGAUGAAAGAGAUACUAACUGCAUAUGUUCAUGGAGUGAAUGGACUGGUGUUUACUUACGGGGUUACAAAUGCAGGCAAGACAUUCACUAUUCAAGGGACUUCAAAAGAUGGUGGUAUUUUACCUCGCUCACUUGCUGUGAUUUUCAACCACAUAAGGGGAAGACAUUACCUGAAGAUGAACUUCAAACCAUGUUUGAGCAAUGAUGUUAAGAAACUAGAAGAUGCACAAGUCAAGCAAGAAGAAGCCAUAAAAACUGCUAUUCUUGCAUCACUGAAAGAGGAGACAGAAGACAUCUCAAACAGUGUUAUAAAUACAUGUGAUGUGGAGUCAGUUUCUUCCAACUGUACUUCAAAAAGACUUCCUUCUGAUUCCCUAGCAGAGAACAACUUUGUUCCACUUGACAUAUAUAGGACUAAUAUACACCCAAGAACACAAGCAUCUGUGUGGAUUUCCUUUUGUGAAAUUUAUAAUGAAUAUGUGUAUGACCUAUUAAAUGUAUCAUCUGCAUCAAAAACUCAGAAGCGCAGAGUCUUGAGAAUUUGUGAGGAUCAAGGAGGAAAUUCUUACAUUAAAGACUUAAAGUGGAUUAACAUUCAGAGCACUGAAGAAGCCUGCAAGAUACUAAAAAUAGGAAACAAGAACCGAAGCUUUGCUUGUACAAGAAUGAAUGAGCAAUCAAGUAGAAGUCACAGUAUAUUUUCAAUCAGGCUACUAAGGCUAACUGAUGAGCAUCAGCCGUGUGUACUUGGAGUUUCAGAGUUGUCUUUCUGUGACUUGGCUGGAUCUGAGAGGUGUAAUAAAACACAAGCCUUUGGAGACAGACUAAAAGAAGCAGGAAAUAUUAAUAAUUCUCUUCAUAUCCUUGGCAAAUGCAUUGCAGCAUUGAAACAAAAUCAAAAUCCAAAGAUGAAGCCAAGCUAUAUUCCAUUCAGAGAGAGCAAACUGACUCGUCUGUUUCAGCCUUUCUUUUGUGGCAAAGGCAAAGUUUGUAUGAUUGUAAACGUUAAUCAGCAUGCUUCCACAUAUGAUGAAACACUACAUGUAAUGAAAUUUUCAGCUAUAGCCAAGCAGGUAAUCCAGACAAUCCUACCCAAAAGUUUUGGUUAUUUUCCACCCAAGCUAGAUGGAGGCAGUGGCAAACCUAUCGUGCACUUCGAUGCGAACACAUCUGUAGAUGACUUUCAUGACAGUACUGAAACCUCUACAGAUGAGGAAGUGGACAUCACUAUUCUGAGUCAUGAGGAUCUCUUGAAAACCACAGAGAACCUAAAGCAGAGGCUAGUUGCAGAAAGACAAAGUAAACUCUUUCUGGAGGUGAAGAUACGUAAAGAGAUGGCAGAAGCAAUGUUCCGACAGCUGUUGGAAACAGAGGAAGCCUGGAGCAACCGCUUGGAAGAUAUGAAAGACAGUUUUGAAGAAAAACUGGAGAGCAAAUUUGAAAUGUAUAAAGAGGCCAUUAAGAAACAUGCAUAUAUGUGUGCAAUGGAACAAAUUGAAGAUCAUUAUGUUCCCAUAGAAGAAUUUCUAGCUGAACAAGAGAAAGUUGAGGAUAGAGAGAAUAAAAUACUGCAAUUGGAAAGGCAACUUGAUGAACAGUCAGGGAAGCUGUUGGCUCUGGGAAGUCCGAAUUCAGAUAUACUGACUACUGAAAGUAAGAGGGAACUAGAUCUUAUGAACAAGACAAUGAAGAGAGCCAAUGAAGGAUUGCAGAAACAAUGCAAAGAGAAAGAAGAGCUUAUAAAAUCUCUGAAGUUUAAAGUACAGAAAUUAAAUGAAACCCUGCUAGAAGCUAAUGAAGGCUACAGAAAAAUGGCAGAAGAGAACAGUCAACUGAAGCAUACAAUCAUGCUCAAGGAUCAAGAAAUGAGUAAUCUUCAGAACUGGGCCAAACGGGUUCUGGAGCUUGAAGAAACGGUGUCUUCCCUGCAGAAAGAACUUGGUGAACAGAAAAAGCAUUUCUCUCUAGAGGAGCCAAAACAACAAAAACCCCGGAGAGGUUUGUUGGCUAACCUGAAAUCUACGGUAGCAGCCACUGGUAGUACACCUCUUGGUAAAGGCUGGGGGAAGUAGGAAGAUGCCUCAUCCUCUUCAAGAAAACAAGUAGUGUUGGCUCAUAAAGAAAAAUAACUUUUCAUUAAUGAAAGUGUGCAAUUGCUGGGCUUUUUCAUAAAUCUUAAACUGUUAGUAGCUUUCUCACUCUUCAAUGCCAUUUUCACUGUCAUGUUAACUGACAGAAAAAUGUUUAAUACAGAACUUUUAAAAUUUAAUUGGGGUUGAAUUUAGAACUGUUUAAGUAUAGACCAAAACUUGUGCUUUUUCUAUUGAUACAGGGAUGAGAAUUGAGAAAUGUAUAUAUAAUUUUAUUUCUUGAGUAACUGCUACUGUGAUCUUCUAUACUGAUAAAUGAGUGAUUCAUGCAAAGUGGAAUGUUCCUUAUCUGCUGUUCUUGUUACCUUUUUAAAUAUCUCAUUUCAUUGUUGAUUCCUAGAAAUCAGAUGGCUUGUAAACUUAAUCUCAAGUAGUUAAAAUAGUUGAAGUUAAUAUUCUGGUUUUGACCUGGAAAUUGGUCCUUUUGGGACCAAGAGAAGCAAAUUGCUGGAAGA